ACAGAUCAGGCUCACGUUCCUAUGCUAAAGUUCAAGAUAAUCUGGUGGCAAACAACGAAGACUCUUCCUUCAUUGCUGUGAUGAAGAAAACCCACCAGAAAUCUGAUGGAACAUAUGUUGAUGAAAGAGCAUGCUUAGUUGCAGAAAAAUAUGAUGCAUAUGUGCAAGAAAGAUUGUCACUGGUUGAGCCUUCUAAUGGAGAGGUUUUGACAGAGCCUCUUACUGUCGAGGAAAGAAAUGAAAUCUAUGUGAAGGUUGCUGGAAUAUCAAAACAAGGUUGGGUGUUUGGACUUGGAUCACUUCAAUGUGGAGUUUAUAUGCCACUAGAUGGUUCUACAGUUUCACCACAAGCUGUUGAAGAUGAUGGUACUUUAACUCACCGAGUCAAAGAGCUGGAGUCAGACUUGCAAAAGAGUAAUGAAGAAAAUGUUCAGUUUCAGAAUAGGAUUCAAGCAAUAGAGAAAAUAUUGAUGUCUGGACUCCAACAGAUACUACCACACCCGCAUGAAGUGGUUUCUCAGUUUGGUGUUUUAGCUUGUGCUCUGACAGGACCAACGCGAGCCGGCCACAGAGCUCAGACACCAACCCAUAUGCGUGUUGAAGCUCAUGAACUCGCUGUCGUGGUAGAGAAACCCACCAGCACACACCAUGCUAAAGAGGAGAACACUAACGUUCGAGAACCCAACGAGAGCCACCCUCCAGAGCCAAAUGACCCCCUGACCAGAAACAACACACCGCCGAAGACCGGGAAAGAUACAGAGGCGCUCCUCCUCACAGACAGAGGAAACCGGUCGAGACCUGCGAGAGAGAAAAUCGAUCUCCACCAAACCCCAAAAUCCGACUACAACCACCACCUACUACUCGACCUUCUCGCCAUAGUUCCAGAGAUAGCUGAUGGACCACCAGAAUCAAACCCCUCUGCAGCGGAGCAUUUUCCGGAGUCAAACCCUAACCCAUAA